UAUGAAGACUCUAUUAUUAUAUAUAGUAAUACUACUACUAUACUGUGGACUUGAGAGUAGAGAGAGAGUGUGUGUAAUAUGUAUUGUUAAGCAAAAAGCCCUCUCUAUUUUCAGUGUCUUCAAUGCAGUGACUCUCUUUCUCUCUCUCUAGCCACAACUCUUUGUUAGCUUCAAAACCUUCUCAUAUCUCUUCCAUUCUCUCAGAGCAAACAAGCAGCAUCCAAAUCCUGUGCUAAAAAAUAAAUCCUGUGCUUAGCUCUGGUGCAACACCAUGGCUGUUGUUGUUCUUGCUGUGAUUUUGUUGUCUAUGGUUGGUCACUCAAGUGGGACAUGGUGUGUAUGCAGAGAAGGAUUAAGCGAAGCAAUGCUACAGAAGACAUUGGACUACGCAUGUGGCGCAGGAGCUGACUGUGGACCCAUUCACCAGAACGGACCUUGCUUUAACCCAAACACCGUCAAGUCUCACUGCUCCUACGCAGUCAACAGCUUCUUUCAGAAGAAACGUCAGUCUCAGGGAACUUGUGACUUCGCCGGCACAGCCACCGUCUCAGCCUCUGAUCCCAGCUACACUACUUGUGCUUUUCCUGCAAGUGCCAGUGGAAGUGGGACAAUGACACCAGUGACGACAACACCAUCGACAAGAGUCCCUACGACAACUAAUACAAGACCCUACACAGUCACACCUUCAACAGGAGGUGGUUUAGGGAUUCCAGCCGGUGGUUUCAACCCAGACUACACUGAUCCAUCUUAUUCCUUUGGAUCCAAACUCCAAAGCCCAAGAGCCACCACUUUAUUUUUUUUAUUCAUGCUCUUCUACUUGUUGAUCUAGUAGAGUAAACAACAACUAACGUUGGACUGUGGAUCAUGUGACUGUGGUGGGUCUCUCUCUCCCACUAAUGGAAUCUUUUGAGAGAGACUUGUUUUCUUCAA